ACAUUUUGUCGCAAACAUAACUCAAACUAAUUAUUGUAAAACUUUUUUUUGGUAAUAAAGUUAUCUUAAAAUAUAGUGAACCAUAUAAUGAAUGUCCAAUUUGAGAAAUGGAUUUCUGGUAAAAACUUUGAAAUCACUGACAAAAUCAAUAAAACAUCAAAUAAUGAUUCAAAUGAUUCAAUUGUCAUUUCUGAUAAUGAAGUAUUUAAGACAUCCAAAGAUAUUAGAGUUUAUUAUUCAAAGAAAAACAUCAUUGAAUCAGUCAUUUGCAACAAAUUUGAUGAGAUUGAGUCUCAAAAUAAGACAAAUGUCUUAAAAUGGUUUAACGAUAUAAAGUUGAGGAAUGAAAAACUAAGCAAAUUAUCAGAUCAGUUGAAACAAUCAACAAAAGUAUUGGAAUUAUUAGAUAUGAUUUGUACUAAAAGUACACUAAAAGUUAGUCGAAAUCGGGUCCAAAAUUUACUGACAACUCUUGACUAUAGCAUUAAUAAUCAGAUCUCAAACCAUUUGAGUGAUCUUCAGUUGAAAUCUCUUAACUAUACAGUGAUUGAAAUGUUUGAAUCUCAGUCUUUCAUUUUAAAACUAAUUCAUGAGUUGAUUCCGUGUCUUAUUAAUGGUAUUCCAGUUAUAUUGAUUGCCACAAAUAAGACAGCCAUAAGUGCUGCCUAUUUAUUGGAUAUCAUUGAAAAUGUGGGUUUAGAGCCAACAAUCGUUCAAUUGGUUAUUAUUGAUGACAUUAAUGUUAAAAGACUUGAUAAUAAAACAAAACCAUUGACAGCACCUAUAGUUGUCAUCUUUGAAUCGGCUGAUAUUGAAUGUGGAAUCGAUAGGAUUAUUACUUCUUGUAUUAACGACACUAAUAACUCACUAAAUGUUUUCGUUCAACAAUCCAUUUACAAAAAGUUUUCAAUUUUAAUGAAAACACGUCUUUCAAAUACUGUAACAAUUGGUCAACGAUUUGAUCCUAAUGUCGAUACUUUGGCUCCAAUUACUGUCAAUUAUGAGGCAAUUGAUUUCGACAACGAAAACAAGAAUUUCGAUAUUCAGUUAUUUAAGUUCAGAUCUAAUGAAGAAUUGAAAAGUUUGAUGAAUCACUUUAUAGAUAUACCAUUUAUAUCGUUUUGGUCCGAAAAGACAUCAUUAGCUCUUGAAUUUGCAACUCUUAUUCAAUCUUCUUCUCACAUCUAUAUUAAUGGUUCUCUCAAAUACCCUUUUAAUACAGAAAUCUCAGUUUUGAAUAAAGUUUUAGAUAAAAUAGAUAUCAAUUCAAUUAUGACUGAAAAGAAGUUCAUCGACUCUAUAAUUGCUGCAAACAACGCUUGGAAAUCACUGCCAAAUGAAGAACGAGAAGUGGUAAUUAAGAAUUUCUUGAUAUCGAAGAACACAUUAUUUGACAACGAGUCGGUUCCGGAGGCAUACAAUCACAAAAUAACUGAACUUAAAGAUAAAAAUGGGAUUCAAUUAAAAUUUACUCGUUUUGAGGCAAUUGGUUUAAUUGUGUUCAAAAUCGAUGAUUUAAAUGAAAAAAUAUUACGUUUAAUAUUAAAGGCAUUGGUUUCAGGAAAUUCUGUUAUUAUAAAUACUUCGAAACCAAACCAAGAAUUAUUAAAAUUCAAAGAAUAUUUGAAUUCAUUGAACAAAAAUAUAUUGCAUUUGAUUGAUGUCAAUGACUUCAGUAAUAAUUCAGUUUUAGUUCAAAAUGCAAACGUUAUUGGAUUAUAUUUGAAAGAUCUGAAUAAGUUGUCAUCAAAAUCAUUGGUAAAAUUUGUUAAAUCCAUAAUUUUAUUGAUGGGUGACAUCAGUUUUGCCAAAUAA